AUGAAUGUCCCACACUUGGAAGUGAACCGAAGGAUGUUAAUGCCAUGGGAGGAUAUCAAGGCCAACCAAGACCCAUGGGGUUUCAAAACACUUACAACCCAAAAUUGGAGGAAUAACCCAACCAACCCAUACCCACCAAAGCAAAACCCACCACAUGUUAUGAUGAGACCCCAAUUUUCUCAAUACCCAUCACAAAAACCUCCAUAUCCCCAAACAUAUCAUCCUACUCCAAAUUACCAACAACCUCCACAACAAGGCCAAUCAAGUGGUAACCAUCAAACGAGCCUUCAAGAACUUGUUACUUCUCUUGCUCAAAGCCAAACCCAAUUUCAACAAGAGAUCAAGAACACUUUCUCCAACAUUCAAGAACAAAUUAGAGACUUAGCCACCGCUCUCAACAAGAUGGAACAAAGGGGUAAACUUCCUUCUCAAACUGAGAAGAACCUCAAUGUAAGUGCAAUAACCUUGAGAAGUGGGAAAACACUUGGAGAAAGCAACCCUAAAAUAGUUUCAAGAGAAGAAGAAGAUGAAGUUAUUAUUGUUGAACCUUUAAAAGUUGUAGUUCCUCUAAAGGAUCCGAUUGUGCUAAACAUUGAUCAACUCGAAUCUUCCAACAAGUCCAUCAAGCCAUUGGUCAUACCAUCACCUUUUCCCUUCGGGUUGGCUCCCUCAAAGAAAGAAGAGGAAGAGAAAGAGUUUCUUGAAACUUUCUGCAAGGUCCAAAUCAACAUUCCACUAUUGGAUGCCAUAAAGCAAAUUCCGCGCUAUUCCAAGUUUCUUAAGGAUAUGUGCACCAAUAAGAGGAAAUUUAAAGCGAAUGAAAAGAUUCAAGUCAAUGCUAAUGUGUUCGCGGUCAUCCAAAAGAAGUUACCACCCAAAUGCAAGGACCCGGGAAUGUUUGCUAUCCCUUGCACUAUUGGUGAUUUGCAUGUUAAAAGUGCCAUGCUAGAUCUUGGAGUCUCGAUCAAUGUGAUGCUAUACUCAGUUUUUCAAUCUCUCAAUGUUGGACCUUUGGAAGGAACCAGAGUAAUCAAUCAAUUAGCGGACAGGUCAAGUGUGUCUCUAAGAGGAGUGUUGGAGGAUGUGUUAGUACAAGUUAAUCAACUAGUAUUUCCUGCAGACUUCUAUGUCAUUAACCUUGAAGAGAAGACUCCUUCCAAAUCAUAUAUGAUCCUCCUUGGAAGACCUUUCAUGAAUACUGCUCACAUAAUCGUUGAUGUCCAUAAAGGAAAGAUAACUAUGGAGUUUUAUGGAGAAACAAUUCACUUCAACAUCUUUGAAGCAAUGAGGUACCCUAGCAAUAUUUCACCAUUUUAUCAGGUUGAUGUAAUUGAGCCAAUAACCCAAAAAGUGUUUGAUUUGUCUCAUGGGGAUAUUUUGGAGAUAAUACUUAACAUGAACCUUGAUUGUGAGAGUUUGAAGAAAAUACUAAAAAUGUAUACAUUAGACUCUAAAUUUGAAAAGAUUGUGAAGACUUUGGAAGUAAACAAUUCAACAAAGAAGGAUGUCUCUUAA